AUGUCUAGCCAUUCUCUAAAUUUACACUCCUAUAAUGAAGAUGAAAUAAAGCAAUUUCGAAAACAUCUGAUAGAUUUCUAUGAAGAAACAAAGCGCGUAUUGCCAUGGCGAAAACAAGGAUGCGAUCUUCCCCAAAAAGAUGCACCUUUAAACGAAUGGGAGUCCCCUGUACAGCGGCUGUACGAAGUGUUGGUAUCGGAAAUUAUGCUACAACAAACGCGCGUAGAAACCGUAAAAAGAUAUUACAAUAAAUGGAUGGAGACUCUUCCUACUCUUCAAGCUUGUGCUGAAGCUGAUUACAAUACGCAGGUCAUGCCGUUAUGGUCAGGUAUGGGGUUCUACACGCGUUGCAAACGUCUACAUCAGGCUUGUCAGUACCUAGCUGGGCUAAUACCAAGUGAAAUCCCUCUAAGUGCUGAGAAAUGGGCCAAAGAUAUCCCUGGCGUUGGGCCUUAUACGGCUGGUGCUGUAUUAAGUAUUGCUUGGAAACAACGUACCGGAAUUGUGGAUGGGAAUGUGAUCCGUGUUUUGAGCCGAGCGUUUGCCGUUCAUAGCGACUGUAGCAAAGGAAAGGCAAAUACUCUUAUCUGGGAACUAGCGAACGCAUUGGUGGAUCCUGAGCGCCCAGGCGAUUUUAAUCAAGCAUUGAUGGAACUUGGCGCUGUCACCUGUACUCCUCAGAGCCCUCAAUGUUCCAUUUGUCCUAUUUCGGAUAUUUGCAAAGGCUAUCAAGAACAAAUCAUAAUUUCAGACAGAAAGGAAUUAAAAUAUGAUAUUGAAGAUGGACCCUGCAAUAUUUGUUCAGUAGACCCCCCGUCCGCUGAAACAUUGCAAAAUUGGGUGGUAAACAGGUAUCCCAUUCGACCGCAAAAGACAAAGCAAAGAGAAGAAAGGGCUUUAGUUGUGAUAUUUCAAAAGACAGACCCAGAAACAAAAGAAAAGCUAUAUUUAAUUAGAAAGAGACCUACGGUAGGUCUUUUAGCGGGAUUAUGGGAUUUUCCGACAAUUGAAUAUGGAGAAAAUGCCUGGCCAAAAGAUAUGGAAGCCGAAUUCCAGAGGUGUCUAGACUUGUGGUUGCAAGAAGAAAACUUAUGUGUAAAAAAACAUCAAACACGUGGAAGGUAUCUUCAUAUUUUUAGUCAUAUAAGAAAAACAAGCCAUGUGUUUUAUGCUAUCGUAACACCCGAGACUAAAACGAAAGAAGACUUUUUUUGGAUAUCUCAAUCGGAUUUGGAACAUGUAGGUAUGUGUGAACUUGGACUUAAAAACUACCGAGGAGCCUUGGAUUUGAAAAAGAGGAAGCUUACUACUUUAUCGAACUUUAAAGCUCCCACUCUUAUUUCGGCAAAGCUAAAAAAUGUGAAAACUGAAGCUUAA